AUGGGUAAUAGCUUAAGGUGUUGUUUGGCUUGUGUUCUUCCAUGUGGAGCACUAGACUUGAUUCGUAUAGUUCAUUUAAACGGUUAUGUAGAAGAGUUUUCACGUCCAAUUUCAGCCGGUGAAGUCCUCAAAGCCAAUCCAAAUCAUGUUCUAAGCAAACCUAGCUCCGAAGGCGUUGUUCGCCGGAUUCUCAUCCUUUCGCCGGAGACCGAGCUCAAGAGAGGAAGCAUAUACUUCUUGAUCCCAUCCUCGUCGAUACCCGAUAAGAAAAGGAGGGUGAGGAGAAGCGCAACGGAAAAAGAUCUUGAAAAUAAGAAAGAGUUCUCCUCUGAUGAGAAGAAUAAGAAGUGUGACGAUGAUUUAUUAUCAUCGUCUCGAAAGUAUUAUGAGUCUAAGGAGAUGAGAGGCUCGCGGCGAGAUCGCCGGCAUAGCCGGAGCGGGGUGUGGCAGCCUCAUCUUGAAAGCAUAACGGAAGACUUGUGUUAG